CCGUCAGAGGACGCCAUGUUUAUAGUGUAGGUGGUGUAGUACGAGGAUACGUGUUAUUCAUUAUUUUCGACUAAAAAAAAAAAAAAUAUAAGAAACCGUUACGUUAUUUAUUUACCUCUUUAAGGAUAAUAGAAGAAGUCUCGGGUGCUUACAGGGUGGCUUGAAGUGAACAGUGCGAUAUCUCAAAAAAAAAAUUCGAAUAUUUUCUUUUAUUCGCGCAUUCGAAUGCAUGUCCGACGCGAACGAUCUACAAACUGCGGACAUCGUUCUUUAUGAAUUCUUGUUGCUUCCUUCUAAUUUGUUUACAACUUCUUCACAUUGCUUCGCGAUUAAGCAACGCCCCAAGAACCUGCGUUUUACGCUAGGAGUACAAUUCCCUUUUCAGGAAUCGGCUGAAAUCAUUUAUAGGGGCCCUAUGUUUCCUUAAUGCAGGCAUUUCGGGUUUUUAUAACCUGACAACGCGAUCAAAACGUUCGCUUUUUAUCUUCAACAUGUCUCUGUAUCUUUGACAGAACAAUAAGCGAAAUUUACAAAUAUUAAUAAAUUCAAAAUGUGGCCAACCCAACCGGUUCAAUCCAAUACCAAUAAUACGUCCAAUGAAAAGAACCUUCGUACAUUGGGGAUGACAUCGGCUAUUAGCGUAGCUGAACCAAAACCUAGUGAUCUUACUAGAACAAAUGAAUUGAAAGAAGCGUUAAAACCAUAUAAUGUAUUUGAAUCGGAGGAAGAAUUAAAUCAUAGAAUGGAAAUAUUAAGCAAAUUAAAUGCUUUGGUGAAGCAAUGGAUUCGAGAUACAAGUAUUGCUAGAAAUAUGCCACCUAAUGUCGCAGAUCAAGUUGGUGGUAAAAUAUACACCUUUGGUUCAUAUAGGUUAGGUGUUCAUCACAAAGGUGCUGAUAUCGAUGCCUUAUGCGUUGUCCCAAGGCAUAUAUAUAGAUCCGAUUAUUUUACAUCCUUUUUUGAACUGUUAAAAAUGCAAGAAGAGGUCACAGAUUUAAGGGCUGUUGAAGAAGCAUUUGUACCCGUUAUAAAAAUGAAUUUUGACGGUAUUGAAAUUGACAUGUUAUUUGCAAAGUUAACGUUAAAAGAAAUCCCAGACACUAUGGAUCUCAGGGACGAUAUGCUAUUAAAAAAUCUUGAUCAAAAAUGUGUGAGAAGUUUAAAUGGAUGUAGAGUGACAGAUGAAAUUUUACGUUUAGUACCUAAUAUAGAAAAUUUCAGAUUGGCACUUAGAGCUAUAAAAUUAUGGGCUAAAAGACACGGAAUAUAUAGCAAUGUAUUAGGAUAUCUUGGUGGUGUGUCUUGGGCAAUGCUAGUUGCUCGCACGUGUCAACUUUAUCCUAACGCUGUAGCCGCAACUUUAAUAGAAAAAUUUUUCCUCGUAUUUUCUCAGUGGAAAUGGCCACAACCUGUCCUCUUAAAACAACCCGAUACUGUCAAUCUAGGUUUUCCUGUGUGGGAUCCACGAGUAAAUGUAUCCGACAGAUAUCAUUUGAUGCCGAUAAUUACUCCGGCAUAUCCACAACAAAAUUCCACAUUUAACGUCUCCGUAUCAACCAGAACGAUCAUGCAAGAAGCCUUUGAAGCUGGUUUAUCUAUAACGGAAGAAAUUAUUAUGGGAAAAGCGACAUGGGACAAAUUAUUCGAACCACCAAACUUCUUCUACAAAUACAAACAUUAUAUCGUAUUGUUAGCAAGAAGUUUAACAUCAGAAGAUCAACUCGAAUGGUGUGGACUGGUUGAGUCGAAAAUACGUCAUCUGAUAGGUACGCUGGAAAGAAAUCCUCACAUUACUCUGGCACAUGUUAACCCGGAAGCUUUCCCACCGUUGGAACCAGAGCCAGAUAGACAAUGCUCGAUGUGGUUCAUCGGUUUGCUCUUUGCGAAGAGCGAAAAUUUAAAUGUUGAUCUGACAUAUGACAUAAAGUCAUUCGUAGACGCAAUCGAAAGGCAAGCCGAGCUAAUAAAAAUGCUCAAGGAUGGCAUGUGGAUAGAAGCGAAGCAUGUCAAAAGGAGAGACUUGAACACAUACGUUUCUCCUUCGUUAUUAAAGAGAGAGAGAAAGGUAUCCGGCGGUGUUCACCGAAAUGGAAACAUAGCGGGCAACGGAAACAAUGGUGGCGUUUCCCCAAGAAAUCAAGGAGACGUUACCAGUAGAAAGAGACCAUCGGAUCAAAGUCUCGAAACGUUUUCAAAAAAACGAAAAGUUAAUGAAAACGAUCAACAAGUAACUCAGGGGGAAGACGGGUCGUUAGUGGUUCAAUCAUGCGGAGACGAUAGCAACUCUGGGUUUAGCUUGGAAGAAUACAAACAGACUCUAACAACUGCUAAGGACGUAAGACAUUGUACAUAUAAUGAACAAUAGACAUCGUAAAACAGGAUUAGGAAGGGCCUACAAACGCGUCUACAGUAGCGCAAGAAGGAUAUGUAUGUACUUGACCACUAAAAAGUUACUACCUCACACCGAUCCACAGAUGUUCUUCUGGGCCAUCUAGACUGUAAGCACUUUUCACGCAAAACCAUCCACUGUCCACUGUAAGUGUCCCACGUUAUAUAAAAACAAAGCAACACAUUGAAGAAAGAAAAAAACAGAAAGAAAGACAGACAGACCAGACACACAACCAGGAAAAGCUACCCGUUGGAAUCGAUCGAUAAGCGAUUAUAUGUGAAAGACGCGCUAUAAUCUUAGUGUUUAUAGAAUUAUCGUCACGAGUCAAUGGGAGCAAUUAGGAACGAAAAAAAAAAAGCCCGUACGGUUAUGCCAGUGUCAGUGUUUUCACUCGAUCGCUAAACAUAACGAUUUUGAUUUAAUGACUAAGUGAAAAUUUUAUCGCUGCCCUUCAGACUAAUAUUUUUAUUUUUUUAUUCCAUUUUGUACAUAUCUCUUAAGGUAUCUCUCUUGGCCGCAUAAAAAAGACAGUUCAAAGUCUAAGGAAAUGCAUUAAAGUAGAAGAAAAAUAGCAAUAUUACUUAUGCAAAGAGAAGUAUAUUCUUGUACACAAUACAUUUCUUUAGCUCAUAGAUUUAUAAGUACUCGUCUUUUUUCUGCUAUCUCUUAAAACGUGCCAAGCUUAUAAUUUAGCUUCAGAAUAACUAUUUAAAAAAAAAAAAAAAAAGGAAAUAAAUAAAGUCUUAAGAAAAAAAAAAAAAGCAAAAAAGAAAAAGAAAAAAUAACUCUCUUGUAAAUAGUCGAAUAACGUCCUCUGAAGAGAAAAAUAAUUUUAUAUUUUUAAAGUUGACAUUACAAAUAAUGUUUUAGCUUUCCUUUGUUGUUGUAACAAAGCUAUAACACUAUUCGUGUCGAGUUUCAACUUUAGAAAUAUAAUAAUAAAACAUGACGUUCUUUUCUUAAUUUAGUAUAAUUUGUAUAGAUACUGCAGUGUAAGUUUAGAUCAAAUAUUAUUUUAUGUAAGCGCAGGUUUUUUUUCCUCCCUUUUGCGUUUCUUUAUGUUUUCUAUGUAAUAUGGUCUCUUUACGAUGAAAUCGUCAUGCUGUGAUCAGAAAUCACUGGCAUUGGCAUAAUACAUCUAUGUUUCAUUUACAGAGGCUAUGAAUAAAAUAUGCGAGCGAAUUUCAUACGGUUCUGUAAAUGAAACAUCUUAAGUAGACCAUUGACUAUUUUGCUAAAUAUUCUGUUGCGCAAAUAAAUUUCGUAUAAAAUC